AUUAGUAAUUAGGGUAAAUUGGGAUUAAAAUGUAUUUUUUAAAACUUUAUAAACUUUUUAAAAAUAUAAAAUAGGAACAAUAAAAAAAACAUGGGUCAUUUGUCAAUUUUCAGAAUUAGGUUCAAAAUUCUUUCUCUCUCUAACACAGAGAGAGAAGACGAUACAUCUCAGCGUUCUCCAUCUCUCUCAAUUCUCUUCUCUCAAACACCUCCGUCGCCAUUUUCGUGCUCUUGUGUUGUCGUAACCAUCUCCAUUACUAUCUUCGAACUUAAAUCUCUAGAUUCAAUGGCUCCAUGGAAAAGAAGAUCAACAAUUGUUGUUAUUCCUAAAAAUACAAGAAGGCGAAUUAGUAAACAGAGACAAAUAAAAAAAGAAAAAAAAGAAAGCACAAGAUUGGAGCAGUUUAUAGGAGAAGAUGGAAGUACAAGGUUGGAGAAGUCUAUAGAAGAAGAAGGAAGCACAAGGUUGGAGAAGUCUACGGAAGAAAAAUACGAAGAAACAAGUGGAGCAGAUGCUUCUUCCACUAAUAUAGAUGCCUCAAAUGAUAAAUUCAAAAGUAAUGAAAAUGCACAAGGUGAAAAUAGAGGAUUCGAGGAUGAACAGAGAACGAAAUACCGGCACGAUACACCUAUCUUGGAGGAGGAUACAUCUCAUGCUGUCGAGUCCUUUCCGGCCAGUCCUUCACCCGAUACCUCACUUAUCAAGCCUAUUAGAUAGUGCAUCCCUGGAUAAGUCCUACACCAAGUGAGAUGGAGAUGAAUUUCCUCACUAGGCUUGUACCUUUGCAAUUAACUAAAGAUGACAAGAUUGAAAAGCUUGAGAGAGAUUUGAAUGGUGUUGGGACAAUCAAAAGAGAUUGUACAGUUGUUGAGGGGGAUUUGGACCCCUCAAGAGCAGUUUAUGUAGGUGGUACUGUUGUUGGUGAAAGUUCUUCUCCAAAUAUUGAUAGAGGUAAAAGUGGUGUUGGUGUCGGAGGAGGAGGAGGAUCUUAUCUAUUUGUUACUAGUGGACUUGGUGAUUUUAGUGGUGAUUUUAGAGUAGGAAGAUCUCCGAUUAUUGAGAAUGUUUCGCGUCCUCGAGAAACCCCAUCCACCAUUGAGGUGCUUUCUUGUAAACUUUGUCAUGAAAAGAUAGACUUGUUAACUGCUAGGGUAGAUGUUUUAGAGAAAGCUAUCACCACUAUGAUGUCUAAAAAGGGUAUUUGUCCAUCAUAAAAAAUCUUGGACCCGUAUACUCCUGAAGGUGUUAAAGGCAAAAAAAAUAAAUUUCAAAGGCAUUGUUAAGUGUCAAGAGAAAAGAAAAGAGACAGGUUGAGCCUAUCAUUGAGGAGGAAAUUUUAGACAACUAUCAUUAGACGACUACUCCCAAUUUUAAGUUUUUUGUAAAGACGACCUGAACUUUUUAAUUAUGUUUUGUUGUAGUGGUGAAUGAAUACUCAUAUCUGAAUUGGUAUUUGUAAUGUGUUGGGAGCUGAAAUUCAUAGA